AUGUUCCAAUUAAAAGUACAUCGAUCUAGAGGCUUCCAUCCCAAUUAUCGUUUUUCGAACGUUGCAGUUGAAGCAAAAAGGACUGCCGAGACUAGAAGAAAAUAUAUGAUCGCUCAGGAAGCUGCCAGUAUGCAAAUCAUGAGGUCAAAGGCGGACUCAAUCGAGGAUGACCUCAGCUUUGGCGAUCACGUCACAAUCUUCUUCACAUGCAUCCUCAACUGUCGUUCCUUGCCAAAUAAAACAUCUCCGCUCGGCAACCUACCAAACCCGUCCUUAAAGGAUUUGCUCUAUAAACCUUUCUUCCGCAUCAAGCACUUUUCCUACUUUGUUCGGAACUGCCCAAGUUCUGCUUUUACUCCAGAAACCCAAUCUCGAUCCCACUAUUCGUUCAAACUACCGUCAAACUUCAAACUGGCUGAGUGUCUAGUCUUAAAGAGAACUCGUCAACGCAUCUCCAUCUCCCAACUUCACUAUUCCCUAAUCCGCCUAAAGGCCAUGCUUUUCGACUGAAACAGCACUAUCUACUUUCAUGAUACGACCAACAUCUGCGAAAAUCAGAAUUGUGCAGCACUUUUUAUGGACACUAAAAGCUACAAAACAUGGUUUAGCAGAUUAGAGCACAAAUUUGUCAUAAAAGGCCCUGCUCUCACUCGUUUCGGAUCAUACCUAUCCGAUCACCAUCAAUACAUCAAACUAGGUUCACAAUAUUCUUUUUCACUCUCCUUGGCAGUGGGCUUUCUGCUUGGCCCCCUUCUUUUCAAAAACUUAUGUCACCCCAUCUCUAAAUUUGAUGUUUUUUUU